GCCAUGAAAACACCGCUAUGGAAGCCUCGUGAUGUUAAAGAUACGAACAUUUCCAAAUUUUUUGACUUCAUUAAUGAGAAGCACAAUAUGAAGUUUCAAACAUAUGAAGAGCUUCACAAGUGGUCUGUUGAUGGGAAAAGCUCGUGGGAUUUCUGGAGAUUGGCAUACAACUGGCUUGAGCUGGCUCCGAGGGGCAUAGAAGACAGCGGCCGUGUUGUAGAUUCUAAGGUGACGGGCAACCUACUCCCACCGCCGCGGUUUUUCCCAGACUCUAUGUUCAAUAUCGCCGAGCUCAUUCUGCGUGGAACCAAAGACGAAGACAUAGCAAUUCAUUUCGUGCGAGAAGGCGUCAAGGGCAUAGCCAAGGUUACUUGGAGAGAAAUUCGAGAGCAAGUUACAGCAAUUCGAGAUGCAAUGCUGAAUUUCGGUAUUAAGACCGGGGACAUCAUCGCAGCCGUGAUCUCCAACUCCGUGUACGCGGUGUGCCUGUGUCUUGCGACGCUAUCUAUUGGUGCUGUCUGGUGCUCAUCAUCGCCAGAUUUAGGACCCGAGGCCAUAGUGGAUCGUUAUGCGCAGGUAGAUCCCAAGCUCAUCUUUGCCGACGAUGGCUACAUAUACGCUGGCAAGCUCAUUCAAUUACAAAACCGCAUAUCACAAUGGUCUGAAACUAUCGCUAAACUCGCCCCUUCGCUCCAGGGCGUAGUGAUAAUUCCUUAUUGCAAACUCGCGAUGCCAAUGUCAAAGAUUCGUUUCGGUCUUUCAUACGACAACUUCCUGCAGCAUGCGAGGAAUCGUGAUCCGCAAUUGGAUUUCCAUCUCCUACCGUUUUCUCAUCCGGCCUUCAUCGUUUUCUCGUCUGGUACUACAGGCAAACCUAAAUGCAUUGUGCAUUCUGCGGGAGGUGUUGCUCUGAAAGUAAGAAUCGAUUCAGUACUCCAACAUGAUAUCCGCAAGAGCGAUAUUGUAUUCCAGUACACAACAACAUCCUGGGUCAUGUGGUUGUUGAACUUUCUCAACUUGGGCGUCUGUAGGUCAAUGCUACUCUACGAUGGAUCUCCGUUUCACCCCACGCCCACCAUCUUAUUGCAACUUGCUCAGGAUGUAGGUGUCAGCGUGUUUGGGACCUCGCCGCGCUACCUUUCUGAUCUAAGAAACAGGGGGAUCCUCCCUCAGAAACAAUUCGACCUGGGCAAUCUGCGAAUUGUAACUUCUACCGGUGCUGUUCUGUCAACAGAACUGUACGAAUGGUUCUAUGGCGGAGCAUUCCCAUCUCAAAUCCACCUCAUUUCCAUGAGUGGCGGGACUGAUAUAGCGGGCUCCUUUGUUGGCGGCACUCCACUUCUACCGGUCUAUCCUGGCGAGAUUCAAGCAAAGGUACUCGGCAUGGCGGUUGAAAUAUUCGAUCCAACACAGCGAGGGCCAGUCUCGGUCGAGGCGUCUGGGGGAGUAGGAGAGUUAGUUUGUACCAGGCCCUUCCCAAGCCAACCACUCAGAUUCCAUGGGCAAGGGGGUGCCAACAAGUAUGAAUCUUCCUACUUCGCACAAUACGGGCCCAAGGUGUGGUGUCAAGGUGAUCUAAUCCGGCGCUUCGCGGACACUGGCGGACUCGCUAUAUUGGGUAGAUCCGACGGAGUCCUCAACCCGUCAGGUGUCCGAUUCGGCUCUGCAGAAAUAUACGCGGUGACUGAGACCUUCGUUGACAUCAAGGAUAGUCUUUGCGUUGGUCAACGUCGCGAAUGGGACGUAGAUGAGAGGGUGCUACUAUUUGUCAUGAUGAAAGAUGGUGUAAAGUUCACCGCUGACCUCGAGCAGAGACUGAAGGAUUCUAUUCGAAAGAUGUACACUUCUCGCCACGUCCCAAAGUACAUCUUUGAGGUAGCAGACAUUCCUUACACUGUGAAUGGUAAGAAGUGCGAGAUCAAUGUCAAGCAUAUUGUUUGCUGCAGGGAUAUGGCAGUGAGCGGCACAGUUGCAAAUCCAGCAGCGCUGGAGCUCUACAAGCGGUUUCAGAACCUUCCCUCCGGUUCAGAAAGCAAAUUGUGAGACUUAGGGGAACUUUUUC